UGUUGGUACUCAAUUUCUACUCUCAAAUUCUUUACUUCAACCUUUUCCCAAUUCUUCAAAUUCUCUGUACCUUCUUCUCUAACAAACUCAACCAUGGCGAUUAUCUCCGAUUUUCAAGAAGAAGACCAAACCCCCAAACAAUCCCCUUCAUCUUCCCAACCCAAACCAAAACCCAUUCCGUUCACUUCCACCUUCGAUCCAUCCAAUCCCGCCGGUUUUCUUGAGAAGGUAUUCGACUUCAUCGCUAAUGAGAGCGAUUUCUUCGAAAAGGAGUCGGCCGAGAAGGUGAUUUUGAACGGCGCUCGCGCUGUUAAGGUAAAGAAAGCUAAGGCGGUUGCGGCUGAGAAGGCGAAGGUUGCCGCGGAGGAGAAGGCGAAGGCUGAGAAGAAGGAUAAGGGAGUGGACGGGAAAGAAGAUGAAAAGAAGGAUGAAAAACCUGAAUUAGCAGCUCCUAAUAAGGGUAAUGGGAUGGAUCUGGAGAAGUAUUCAUGGACUCAGAGUCUGCAAGAGCUCAAUGUUAACGUGCCGGUGCCAAAUGGAACAAAAUCAAAGUUUGUGGUCUGUGAGAUUAAAAAGAACCAUCUAAAAGUUGGUAUCAAAGGCCAGCCACCUAUUAUUGAUGGAGAUCUGUACAAAUCUACCAAGCCUGAUGAAUGUUACUGGAGCAUAGAGGAUCAGAAUACUAUUUCCAUUCUUUUAACCAAGCAUGACCAAAUGGACUGGUGGAAAUGUCUAGUAAAGGGUGAUCCUGAAAUUAAUACUCAAAAAGUUGAACCUGAGAGCAGCAAACUUGGUGACCUGGAUCCUGAGACUCGAUCAACUGUCGAGAAAAUGAUGUUUGAUCAGAGGCAGAAAUCCAUGGGCCUUCCUACAAGUGAGGAGCUCAGUAAACAAGACAUGAUGAAGAAAUUUAUGAGUCAGCAUCCUGAAAUGGACUUCUCCAGGGCAAAAAUGUCUUAGAAUGGUGCCUAUGGUUUUGGCAAAAUCAUCUUAGAACUGUGCUAUAGUUUUGGCAAAAUUAUCUUUUGUUGACAAACAUGUUUUGGUGAAAACACAUUGCUUUAUUUGCGUUGAACAUAUUUUAGAGUUUUUUAUACCUUGGUUUGAGUAACAGUAAGGAAAAGUUAAUUCUUCGAUGAA